AAUAAUAACAUUAUCUUUCAUAUUUGCUCAGAAAUUCUACGUGCAUUGAUCUUUUUUCUUGAUUGGUUGAAGAUGUCAAAUAUUUUUAGUGUUUAUAGCACAAGAACAUACGGUGUCUUAGGGCCGAUUUGGCUAAUUUUUUUGUACUAUUUGAUCUUUUGCAAUAACAAUGUUGUUCAUUGUGAUCCUCCAGAUGAGCCUGUCAAAUGCUCUUCCGGAAACUCCAAUUGCACCAUCUCUAAUUCGUAUGGCGCGUUCCCUGACCGGAGCACUUGCCAUGCUUCUAAUGUUGUGUACCCCGAAAAUGAAGAGCAACUCAUCUCCUAUGUUAGAGAUGCAACUAAGAUGAAGAGAAAAAUCAAGGUAGCAACCAGAUAUGGUCACAGCGCCACAAAGUUGGUGUGCCCUGAUGGAGAAGACGGUCUAAUAAUAAGCACAAAAAACCUGACCAAGAUUAUAAACAUCAAUGUGACAGGAGAAACAAUGACGGUAGAAAGUGGCAUGUUGCUAAUGCAACUCAUAGACGAGGCAGCCAAGGUGAACCUAGCAUUGCCUAAUUCGCCUUAUUGGUCAGGUUUAACCAUUGGGGGAAUGCUUGGAACGGGUGCUCACGGAAGCUCUCUAUGGGGCCGUGGAAGCGCGGUCCAUGACUACGUUGUUAGCCUUAAGAUGGUUAGCCCCGGUGAAGAGGAAGACGAAUAUGUUAAAGUUCGGACGCUCAGUGUUGGUGAUGAAGACCUUGAUGCAGCAAAGGUAUCACUUGGUGUUCUUGGUGUUAUAUCACAGGUUACCUUUAAGUUGGAACCACUUUUCAAGCGAAACAUAACGUUUAUGACAAGACAUGACCAAGACUUAGAGAUUGAGGCCCCAAAAUUUGGGGUGGAACAUGAGUUUGCCGAUAUAGUGUGGCUACCUAACCAACGUAAAGCAACAUAUCGAAUUGACAAUCGAGUCCCUACCUCCAUACCUGGAAAUGGAGUCUAUGACGUCAUGGGCUUCCGAUCUGUACCAAAAUUUCUUUUAGAGUCUUCUAGAACAGCAGAGGAUAUUCAAGAAUCACUUGGUUGCGGCAAGUUAAGAUGCAUCACAGCUACCACUUCCACGACCCUUCUUAUUAAAAGCGGAUUUGGACUCUCAAAUAAUGGUGUGUUAUUCACAGGCUACCCAGUUAUUGGAUAUCAAAAUAAGAUGCAAGCUUCCGCAAGUUGUCUUAAUAAAAAUAAUAUUAUUGAUGGUUAUUGUGGAUGGGAUCCAAGAAUAAAUGGUCAUUUUUUUAAUAGCAAUGGCUUUACUUUGCCUUUAAACAAGGUAACAAGCUUCAUUCAAGACCUAAAAAAAUUGGUGAAUAUGGACCCUUCAUCUUUUUGUGGCAUUGAGUUUCACUUGGGUAUCCUAAUGAGGUAUGUCAAGGUUUCCUCGGCUUAUCUCGGAAAAGACGAAGAUGGAGUAGACUUUGAUAUUGCCUAUUAUCGACCUAAAGAAGAGUUAGGGCCUCGGCUCAAUGAGGACAUCAUGGAAGAAAUCGAGCAAUUAGCGGUUUUCAAGUAUGGUGGCGUGCCACACUGGGGUAAAAACCGCAAUGUAGCGUUUGAAGGUGUGAUUAGUAAGUAUAAGGAUGGAGAAAAGUUUUUAAGGGUUAAGGAAAGGUAUGAUCCUUUGGGAUUGUUUUCAAGUGAAUGGACUGAUCAAGUUUUAGGAUUAAAAGAGGGAAUAAUCAUAAAUAAAACUGGUUGUGCACUUGAAGGAUUGUGUAGAUGUAACACAGAUGAUGAUUGUGGGAAGGGGUAUACUUGUGAAAGUGGUAAAGUUUAUAAUGAGGCUAAAGUUUGCAAGAAGAAGAAAAGCAACCUUAUUUUUGAUAAUUGCUUGAUUGGAUGAUAAUCAAUAAGGCAAAUUGUAAUUAUAAUAUCAAGGUGACUUUAAUCUUAGUUGGAUGCUGUAUACAUAUGUAUAUAUAUAUAUUUUUUUAUUAAUGCUCAUGGUCUAAAUUUAAAAAUAUGUUUGUAAUGAUUUGUAAGACUAAGUACUAGUCAAUGUAUAUGUAAAUUGGUGUUAAUAGGUGGUGGUGUUAAUCCAUGACGGA